CGCCUGACUUGCUUUUAUCACAUGACCUGUCACAUGACGUGUUCAAUUCGGUAGUGAGUGCAGUCCUCACUCGCAGACAGACAAACAGACGUCAUGUCAGCGGACUCUAUUUCCGAAAAACUCCGAAAUGUUCUGGAACCAAAUGGUUUUGAGAUUCACCCUUUCAAGAUCGGAUGGUACAAUGAGAAGGUAAAACCUGUCUUCCAUCUGUCCUAUCCACAGGACACUUUAGCCUUCUGCGUCCUUAGCACGCCCUCAAUGUUCGACAAGGCCUUUUUACCGUUUGUUGAAAGACUAAAGAGUGAAAGUGAAAUUGAAAACAGAGACCCGAUAGACUCAUGUGUAGCAGAGCAACUCAAAAAAGCAAAAGAGGCUUUACAACCAGACCAUGAAGUUAACAUAAUCCAAGACUUUGAGGUGCAUCCGGUGACUAGGAGGCCCAAGCUCUUAGUCCAGACCGUGGGCCAUGUGUCAGGAGCUGCAUUCUACUACAAGAGAGAUAGCAUCUCCAUGGACCCUUGGGAUGAAAAGAAGAAAAUCUAUGGAGUCAGUAUUCACCCCAAGUACGGCGGAUGGUUUGCCUUCCGAGGUGCCAUCAUCAUAAAGGACACCUUCUGCAGUGACCUUCAACAAACCGCACCUCCAAAAACACUCUCAACAGAUCAAGAAAUCAUUGACCUUUUAGAGAAAUUCAACUUUAAUUGGAAAGACAAUACAUUCAGGGAUGUGGUGCCCGUUCAGGAGAAGUAUUCGGCAGAGCAGAUAUGCUACUGGAACACGGCGCCGUCAAAACGUUUCACCUUGCUCGGGAUCGAGGAUAAGUUGAAAUCCAUGUCCAGCUUCCAGGACCCUCAUGAAAAUAUCUUUUGAACCUGUGAUUUUGUGUACUUUUUUUAUGGAUGCAUUUUCAUUAUGGGUAUAGUCAUUCACUUGAAUAUUAUGUCAUGAAAUAUCAUGUGCAAUAAAAUGUAUUCAUGAUGUAAC